GCUUAGAAAUUCUUGUGUACGUGGAUAGUGUCCGGCGUUUUUUUUUUUAACCUCGUUUUUCCCCGGCAUGCUCCAAAAAUUAUCUGGCCGAUUUCAGCUUGAAUGACGAAGACACUUCAUCACAGCCAGACGAAUCUCAUCAGACGGUCUAUCUAUUCCUCGGAUAGCCCGGCCUGGUUCCCUCACUAUCUUAGACUGAUAUUUAAACGCGCUUUACCCACACAGCACCCAUUCACUGUGGGUGGUAGAAGAUAGUAAGAACAUCCGAGAAAGAGCUUGGCAAUGGGGUUUUGGUUUUGGAGAGCCGUGGUCGCUGGGUUUGUGGUUUCUUCAUCAUGGGUUUUGAGCGCAGGAGCUGAUGGUUCUUCUUUACCCCCGUGCGAUUUCCCGGCGAUUUACAACUUUGGGGACUCAAAUUCCGAUACCGGCGGCAUAUCGGCUGCAUUCGAGCCAAUCCGAGCUCCCUAUGGCGAGACUUUCUUUCACAAACCCGCCGGGAGGAGCUCCAAUGGCCGCUUAAUCAUUGAUUUCAUAGCUGAGCGCUUAAAAUUACCUUACUUGAGCGCGUACCUGAACUCGAUCGGAACGAACUACCGGCACGGAGCAAAUUUCGCCACCGGAGGAUCCACCAUUAGGAGGCAGAACGAGACCAUUUUCCAGUACGGGAUUAGCCCGUUCGCUCUGGAUAUGCAGAUCGUGCAGUUCGACCAGUUCAAAGCACGUACCGGCGAUCUCUAUAACCAUGUGAAGAAUAAGCGGGGGGCUCGUAAGCUACCGGUGCCGGAAGACUUCUCGAAGGCGCUUUACACAUUCGAUAUCGGACAAAAUGAUCUGUCGGUGGGGUUUAGGACGAUGAGUUUGGAUCAACUUCGGGCAGCGAUUCCGGACAUCGUCGGCCAGUUAGCCACAGCGGUUCAACAUUUAUAUAAACAAGGAGGGAGGGCAUUCUGGAUACAGAACACAGGGCCUUUUGGAUGCUUGCCAGUAAACCUAUUCUAUGUCUCGGAUCCGGCGCCGUCAGGUUAUCUUGAUGAGUAUGGGUGCGUCAAGGCUCAAAAUGAGAUGGCUGUAAAGUUUAAUAGCGAGCUCAAGGAUAGAGUAACCAAACUCAGGGCAGAGCUUCCAGAAGCUGCAAUAACAUAUGUGGAUGUCCAUGCUGCUAAGAUUGGGCUUAUCAGCAGUGCAAAGAAGGAAGGAUUUGGUGAUCCGCUAAAGGUGUGCUGUGGGUACCACGUCAAGUACGACCAUAUAUGGUGUGGGAACUGGGGAGCCCUGAACAAUCAUACUAAAGUCUACGGCAGCCCUUGUGAAGACCCUUCAACCUCUGUAAGCUGGGAUGGGGUGCACUAUUCUCAGGCCGCCAAUCAAUGGAUUGCGGAUCACACCCAGAAUGGUUUAUUGACAUAUCCCCCAAUUCCAAUUACGCAUGCAUGUCAUCGGCUGUGAGUGUGACGAGGCAGGAGAACUUGGGGGUGUAUUAAAUUUGGGUGUUGGAAGUUGGGGUAAGAUUGCUUUGAUUUUUUUGAUAACCAAAUGCAAAUUUGAGAAUUUUCAUAGAAUAAAUGACGCCCCCUUAUCCCUCCACCACCCACCAAGUCACAAUAAAAUUAAAAAUGAAAUAAAACUUGUUCA